CAAAACAUCAGACUCCCGCUCGAACUUCGGACGUCCCCCUUCCGUAUCGACUUCAGAUUGUUCCUGCGACGAAAGGCCAAAAGAAAACCGGGCCCUCUUAGGGAUCUCAAGCGUCGAGAACGAUCAGCAAGAUCAUCAGCCCUGGAAAUUGACGUUUGAAAACACCGCUUUUGGGUAUGGAGUAGGGAGGAUCUGCGACCGUACAUCAAUCGGGACGGGCCUCGAAACAGUCACCCACUCUUUCUCCGCGUUCGCGAAUCACUCUCGUUUUUUUUAUUGCCAUUCGUGGAUACGCCAGCGACACUUCCAAGAUGCCUCAUAUUACAACGGCGAUGGAGCGGAGUAUGAGGAAGAAGGUUGGGGACGUAAUAGUGGCCAGUCUGCGGCCGCGAGAUAUCAUCGGAGAAGCGUCCAGUGUCAAGAAUUCCUUUUCGAGUUGGGAUAAUUGCAUGAAGGCAUCAUAUUGCAAAUGGCCUGUCAUUAUCGCGAUCGUUGUCGUCUCCCUAAUUAUCCUGUCAGUCAUUACGUGCAUAGCUCGAUGCUGUUGUUGUGGGUAUUCAUGUUGUUGCAGUUGCUUUUCGUUCUUGAAGUGCUGCGACUGUUGCGGAGAUUCCUGUGCCGGUAAGAAGGACAAACCUAUGAAGCAUCUCGACGAUCCAUACUUUCCUCCGCCACGACAAGGAUACCAGGCUCCUGCUCCGAUGAUGUCUGGUGCUGCGUUUGGCGCUGCAACCGGACAUGGGAAGCCCGAGCCUCCUCAAUACGCACAAUUCGAAGUUGGAAAGAGUGGACUUGCUGUUGAUCCUAAGGCCGGUGGCUUGAGCGAAGAUGCCUUGCCUCCGAUGCCUAGUUGGGAGACUGCGACGAAGAAGCACGUCUUGACGGAGGAAGAGAAGAAUGCUGUUGAGUUGGGGGAAUUGGAUCCGGCGACUGGGCAAAAGGUUCCUCUUAUGACCGGAGCAGCACCUGCUGGGACAAGUAUGCCUCCAAGUCCUGUUCAUGGGCACAGUCCAUAUGGCGCUCCAGGUCAAGCUGUUGGCGGUGCAUAUUCUGAUGUUCCUGGAGAUCACCACGACCAAAAUCAAGCUGCCUUCAACGGGAAUGGCAGAGCAUAUGGCGGAGCGCCUCCCGCCGCGGAUCCGUAUGCACAAAAUGGGAGAGGUUAUGGAGGAGCGGCCCCUCCAUCGGAUCCAUAUGCGCAGAAUCAAGGAGCUUACGAUGGCAAUGGGAAAGGAGGAUAUGGGACUCCACCUGGGCCUGGAAGGGGUGGACCUGGGAGAGGCGGACCAGGCAGAGGUUAUGGUUCCCCACAAGGUCAAGACUUUGGCGCACAAGGCCGUGGAUAUGGUACUCCACAACAAGAUCCCUAUGCCGCUGAUGCUGGCCUUACUGGCGCUGCAGCUGGCGGAUACGGUCGUCCUCAGCCAAAUCGCGAAUACUCGAAUAACUCGAAUAAUUCCGGCAGAGCCUUCCCUCCUCAACCACAAAGACAAUACUCUUCUGACUCUGCUCGUCCUCUGAAUCCUGGACGCGGCUACUCAGAUAGACCUUAUCCUGGCGACAAUUUCCAACCGGGCCGCAUGGCAUCCCCGCCGUUGAACAACAAUUCCGGCUUUGACUUCGGCACCAAUAACCAACAACCAUAUUCAUCACGACCCUCGCCACCUCCUCAACAAAUGUCAUACGAAUCGUCGAAUGGAGGAGGCAGACCAAGCCCGCCACUUCAAGGAAAUGGGAAUGGAUACUCAGGGAGAAGCCCAAACCAGCAGGGCCCGCCAGAGCCCAGCUAUCCUGGAUAUCGGCCGUAUCAAGCUCCUGGCCAAGGAAGUAGAGGCGCGAUGCCGAGUAGUGCACCAGGUUCGCGAGGAGCACGGGAACCUCAACGUUGGGACCCUGUUCGUCAAUAGAUAUGGGGUGGGAGGAGGAUUACGAAGUGAUGAUGUUGAUUGAAAUG